AUGGCUAAUACCAAUAACUUCCCUAUUGAUAUCACGAUUAAUAUACUCCUAAAUAUUCCAAGGAAAUCACUUGUAAGGUUCAAAUCCGUUUGCAAAUCAUGGCGUUCUCUAAUUGAAGCUCAUCAAUUCACCAAGCACCAUUAUUACCUGAACCAAAUCAUAAAGGGCUUCAAAACAGAACGAGACCACUCGAUUGACAACACGAUUAUUGAUCCUCCUUCCGUAAUCAGUCAUCAAUUGGCCCUAAAAUUUAUCAAUUCUAACAUCAAUGGAGUUUUUCUUCUAGUUGUACCAUUGCCUGACAAAAUCGUUUUCUGGAACCCGGAGAACCUCAGUGAAUCAGCAUCAAUCUCCCGGGUCCCAAAUACGACAUCGUUUACUAUAGGAGAAUGGAUUUAUUUUGCUAAAUUUUCGUUACCUUUCAAAGCUAAACCUUGUUGGAAUAAGCUGGACUAUCUGGAAGUUUGUAGUAUGAAGAAGAAGGAAGAAUCCACGCAUAGCUCGAGCGAUAAAAAUGGAUCUGUGGUGAUUUAUGAUUCGAAGACUCGAGAGUUGAAUGAAUUUGCUGAUGAAAUAAUCAAAUCAAAACGAAAGUUGAAAGAAUUUGGAAUUGCUGGGACUCAAGUUUCACUUUUCAUUGAUCGAACAUAUGCAGAGGCUUUAAUUUCUUCUAAUGAUGAUACUCUGUAUUAG